AUGAAUUCACCGUGCCAUGCUGGUGCAGCUCUCUUUCACGAUUGGGCGCGGAUCUUUAAAGUCGCGCGCGUGAACCAAGGCGCGCGCGUGGACGACGGCGCAUGCGUGGACCAAGGCGCGCGCGUGGACCAAGUCGCGCGCGUGGACCAAGGCGCGCGCGUGGACCAAGGCGCGCGCGUGGACCAAGGCGCGCGCGUGGACCAAGGCGCGCGCGCGGACCAAGGCGCGCGCGUGGACCAAGGCGCGCACGUGGACCAAGGCGCGCGCGUGGACCAGGGCGCGCGCGUGGACCAGGCCGCGCGCGUGGACGACGGCGCAUGCGUGGACCAAGGCGCGCGCGUGGACCAAGGCGCGCGCGUGGACCAAGGCGCGCGCGUGGACCAAGUCGCGCGCGUGGACCAAGGCGCGCGCGUGGACCAAGGCGCGCGUGUGGACCAAGGCGCGCGCGUGGACCAAGGCGCGCGCGUGGACCAAGGCGUGCGCGUGGACCAAGGCGCGCGCGUGGACCAAGGCGCGCGCGUGGACCAAGGCGCGCACGUGGACCAGGGCGCGCGCGUGGACCAGGGCGCGCGCGUGGACCAGGGCGCGCGCAUGGACCAGGUCGCGCGCGUGGACCAAGGCGCGCGCGUGGACCAAGGCGCGCGCGUGGACCAAGGCGCGCGCGUGGACCAAGGCGCGCGCGUCGCGCGCGUGGACCAAGGCGCGCGCGUGGACCAAGGCGCGCGCGUGGACCAAGGCGCGCGCGUGGACCAGGUCGCGCGCGUGGACCAAGGCGCGCGCGUGGACCAAGGCGCGCGCAUGGACCAAGGCGCGCGCGUGGACCAAGGCGCGCGCGUGGACCAAGGCGCGCGCGUGGACCAAGGCGCGCGCGUGGACCAGGGCGCGCGCGUGGACCAGGGCGCGCGCGUGGACCACGGCGCGCGCGUGGACCACGGCGCGCGCGUGGACCAGGUCGCGCGCGUGGACCAAGGCGCGCGCGUGGACCAAGGCGCGCGCGUGGACCAAGGCGCGCGCGUGGACCAAGGCGCGCGCGUGGACCAAGGCGCGCGCGUGGACCAAGGCGCGCGCGUGGACCAAGGCGCGCGCGUGGACCAAGGCGCGCGCGUGGACCAAGGCGCGCGCGUGGACCAAGGCGCGCGCGUGGACCAAGGCGCGCGCGUGGACCAGGGCGCGCGCGUGGACCAGGGCGCGCGCGUGGACCAGGGCGCGCGCGUGGACCAGGUCGCGCGCGUGGACCAGGUCGCGCGCGUGGACCAAGGCGCGCGCGUGGACCAAGGCGCGCGCGUGGACCAAGGCGCGCGCGUGGACCAAGGCGCGCGCGUGGACCAAGGCGCGCGCGUGGACCAAGGCGCGCGCGUGGACCAAGGCGCGCGCGUGGACCAAGGCGCGCGCGUGGACCAGGGCGCGCGCGUGGACCAGGGCGCGCGCGUGGACCAGGGCGCGCGCGUGGACCAGGUCGCGCGCGUGGACCAAGGCGCGCGCGUGGACCAAGGCGCGCGCGUGGACCAAGGCGCGCGCGUGGACCAGGUCGCGCGCGUGGACCAGGGCGCGCGCGUGGACCACGGCGCGCGCGUGGACCAAGGCGCGCGCGUGGACCAAGGCGCGCGCGUGGACCAAGGCGCGCGCGUGGACCAAGGCGCGCGCGUGGUCCAAGGCGCGCGCGUGGACAAAGGCGCGCGCGUGGACCAAGGCGCGCGCGUGGACCAAGGCGCGCGCGUGGACCAAGGCGCGCGCGUGGACCAAGGCGCGCGCGUGGACCAAGGCGCGCGCGUGGACCAAGGCGCGCGCGUGGACCAAGGCGCGCGCGUGGACCAAGGCGCGCGCGUGGACCAAGGCGCACGCGUGGACCAAGGCGACCAAGGCGCGCGCGUGGACCAAGGCGCGCGCGUGGACCAAGGCGCGCGCGUGGACCAAGGCGCGCGCGUGGACCAAGUCGCGCGCGUGGACCAGGUCGCGCGCAUGGACCAAGGCGCGCGCGUGGACCAAGGCGCGCGCGUGGACCAAGGCGCGCGCGUGGACCAAGGCGCGCGCGUGGACCGAGGCGCGCGCGUGGACAAGGGCGCGCGCGUGGACCAAGGCGCGCGCGUGGACAAAGGCGCGCGCGUGGACCAAGGCGCGCGCGUGGACCAGGGCGCGCGCGUGGACCAAGGCGCGCGCGUGGACCAAGGCGCGCGCGUGGACCAAGGCGCGCGCGUGGACCAAGGCGCGCGCGUGGACCAAGGCGCGCGCGAGGACCAAGGCGCGCGCGUGGACCAAGUCGCGCGCGUGGACCAAGUCGCGCGCGUAGACCAAGGCGCGCGCGUGGACCAAGGCGCGCGCGUGGACCAAGGCGCGCGCGUGGACCAAGGCGCGCGCGUGGACCAGGGCGCGCGCGUGGACCAGGGCGCGCGCGUGGACCAGGGCGCGCGCGUGGACCAAGGCGCGCGCGUGGACCAAGGCGCGCGCGUGGACCAAGGCGCGCGCGUGGACCAAGGCGCGCGCGUGGACCAAGGCGAGCGCGUGGACCAAGGCGCGCGCGUGGACCAAGGCGCGCGCGUGGACCAAGGCGCGCGCGUGGACCAAGGCGCGCGCGUGGACCAAGGCGCGCGCGUGGACCAGGUCCAAGGCGCGCGCGUGGACCAGGUCCAAGGCGCGCGCGUGGACCAGGGCGCGCGCGUGGAACAGGGCGCGCGCGUGGACCAGGGCGCGCGCGUGGACCAGGGCGCGCGCGUGGACCAAGGCGCGCGCGUGGACCACGGCGCGCGCGUGGACAAGGUCGCGCGCGUGGACCAGGUCGCGCGCGUGGACCAGGGCGCGCGCGUGGACCAAGGCGCGCGCGUGGACCAAGGCGCGCGCGCGUGGAACAAGUCGCGCGCGUGGACCAAGGCGCGCGCGCGCGCGCGUGGACCAGGGCGCGCGCGUGGACCAGGGCGCGCGCGUGGACCAGGGCGCGCGCGUGGACCAGGGCGCGCACGUCAGGUCGCGCGCGUGGACCAAGGCGCGCGCGUGGACCAAGGCGCGCGCGUGGACCAAGGCGCGCGCGUGGACCAGGUCGCGCGCGUGGACCACGGCGCGCGCGUGGACCACGGCGCGCGCGUGGACCAAGGCGCGCGCGUGGACCAAGGCGCGCGCGUGGACCAGGGCGCGCGCGUGGACCAAGGCGCGCGCGUGGACCAGGGCGCGCGCGUGGACCAGGGCGCGCGCGUGGACCAGGGCGCGCGCGUGGACCAGGUCGCGCGCGUGGACCAAGGCGCGCGCGUGGACCAAGGCGCGCGCGUGGACCAAGGCGCGCGCGUGGACCAAGGCGCGCGCGUGGACCAAGGCGCGCGCGUGGACCAAGGCGCGCGCGUGGACCAAGGCGCGCGCGUGGACCAAGGCGCGCGCGUGGACCAAGGCGCGCGCGUGGACCAAGGCGCGCGCGUGGACCAGGGCGCGCGCGUGGACCAGGGCGCGCGCGUGGACCAGGGCGCGCGCGUGGACCAGGUCGCGCGCGUGGACCAGGUCGCGCGCGUGGACCAAGGCGCGCGCGUGGACCAAGGCGCGCGCGUGGACCAAGGCGCGCGCGUGGACCAAGGCGCGCGCGUGGACCAAGGCGCGCGCGUGGACCAAGGCGCGCGCGUGGACCAAGGCGCGCGCGUGGACCAAGGCGCGCGCGUGGACCAAGGCGCGCGCGUGGACCAGGGCGCGCGCGUUGACCAGGGCGCGCGCGUGGACCAGGGCGCGCGCGUGGACCAGGUCGCGCGCGUGGACCAAGGCGCGCGCGUGGACCAAGGCGCGCGCGUGGACCAAGGCGCGCGCGUGGACCAGAUCGCGCGCGUGGACCAAGGCGCGCGCGUGGACCACGGCGCGCGCGUGGACCAAGGCGCGCGCGUGGACCAAGGCGCGCGCGUGGACCAAGGCGCGCGCGUGGACCAAGGCGCGCGCGUGGACCAAGGCGCGCGCGUGGACCAAGGCGCGCGCGUGGACCAAGGCGCGCGCGUGGACCAAGGCGCACGCGUGGACCAAGGCGCGCGCGUGGACCAGGUCCAAGGCGCGCGCGUGGACCAGGUCCAAGGCGCGCGCGUGGACCAGGGCGCGCGCGUGGACCAGGGCGCGCGCGUGGACCAGGGCGCGCGCGUGGACCAGGGUUCGCGCGUGGACCAGGGCACGCGCGUGGACCAAGGCGCGCGCGUGGACCAAGGCGCGCGCAUGGACCAAGGCGCGCGCGUGGAACAAGUCGCGCGCGUGGACCAAGGCGCGCGCGUGGACCAAGGCGCGCGCGUGGACCAAGGCGCGCGCGUGGACCAAGGCGCGCGCGUGGACCAAGGCGCGCGCGUGGACCAAGGCGCGCGCGUGGACCAAGGCGCGCGCGUGGACCAAGGCGCGCGCGUGGACCAAGGCGCGCGCGUGGACCAAGGCGCGCGCGUGGACCAAGGCGCGCGCGUGGACCAAGGCGCGCGCGUGGACCAAGGCGCGCGCGCGGACCAAGGCGCGCGCGCGGACCAAGGCGCGCGCGUGGACCAAGGCGCGCGCGUGGACCAAGGCGCGCGCGUGGACCAAGGCGCGCGCGUGGACCAAGGCGCGCGCGUGGUCCAAGGCGCGCGCGUGGACAAAGGCGCGCGCGUGGACCAAAACGCGCGCGUGGACCAAGGCGCGCGCGUGGACCAAGGCACGCGCGUGGACCAAGGCGCGCGCGUGGACCAAGGCGCGCGCGUGGACCAAGGCGCGCGCGUGGACCAAGGCGCGCGCGUGGACCAAGGCGCGCGCGUGGACCAAGGCGCGCGCGUGGACCAAGGCACACGCGUGGACCAAGGCGCGCGCGUGGACCAAGGCGCGCGCGUGGACCAAGGCGCGCGCGUGGACCAGGUCGCGCGCGUGGACCAAGGCGCGCGCGUGGACCAAGGCGCGCGCGUGGACCGAGGCGCGCGCGUGGACAAGGGCGCGCGCGUGGACCAAGGCGCGCGCGUGGACAAAGGCGCGCGCGUGGACCAAGGCGCGCGCGUGGACCAGGGCGCGCGCGUGGACCAAGGCGCGCGCGUGGACCAAGGCGCGCGCGUGGACCAAGGCGCGCGCGUGGACCAAGGCGCGCACGUGGACCAAGGCGCGCGCGUGGACCAAGGCGCGCGCGAGGACCAAGGCGCGCGCGUGGACCAAGGCGCGCGCGUGGACCAAGGCGCGCGCGUGGACCAAGGCGCGCGCGUGGACCACGGCGCGCGCGUGGACCACGGCGCGCGCGUGGACCAGGGCGCGCGCGUGGACCAGGUCGCGCGCGUGGACCAGGGCGCGCGCGUGGACCAAGGCGCGCGCGUGGACCAAGGCGCGCGCGUGGACCAGGGCGCACGCGUGGACCAGGUCGCGCGCGUGGACCAAGGCGCGCGCGUGGACCACGGCGCGCGCGUGGACCAAGGCGCGCGCGUGGACCAAGGCGCGCGCGUGGACCAAGGCGCGCGCGUGGACCAAGGCGCGCGCGUGGACCAAGGCGCGCGCGUGGACCAAGGCACACGCGUGGACCAAGGCGCGCGCGUGGACCAGGUCCAAGGCGCGCGCGUGGACCAGGUCCAAGGCGCGCGCGUGGACCAGGGCGCGCGCGUGGACCAGGGCGCGCGCGUGGACCAGGGCGCGCGCGUGGACCAGGGCGCGCGCGUGGACCAGGGCACGCGCGUGGACCAAGGCGCGCGCGUGGACCAAGGCGCGCGCAUGGACCAAGGCGCGCGCGUGGAACAAGUCGCGCGCGUGGACCAAGGCGCGCGCGUGGACCAAGGCGCGCGCGUGGACCAAGGCGCGCGCGUGGACCAAGGCGCGCGCGUGGACCAAGGCGCGCGCGUGGACCAAGGCGCGCGCGUGGACCAAGGCGCGCGCGUGGACCAAGGCGCGCGCGUGGACCAAGGCGCGCGCGUGGACCAAGGCGCGCGCGUGGACCAAGGCGCGCGCGUGGACCAGGGCGCGCGCGUGGACCAGGGCGCGCGCGUGGACCAGGGCGCGCGCGUGGACCAGGGCGCGCGCGUGGACCAAGGCGCGCGCGUGGACCAAGGCGCGCGCGUGGACCAAGGCGCGCGCGUGGACCAGGGCGCGCGCGUGGACCAGGGCGCGCGCGUGGACCAAGGCGCGCGCGUGGACCAAGGCGCGCGCGUGGACCAAGGCGCGCGCGUGGACCAAGGCGCGCGCGCGCGCGCGCGCGCGGACCAAGGCGCGCGCGCGGACCAAGGCGCGCGCGCGGACCAAGGCGCGCGCGCGGACCAAGGCGCGCGCGCGGACCAAGGCGCGCGCGCGGACCAAGGCGCGCGCGCGGACCAAGGCGCGCGCGCGGACCAAGGCGCGCGCGCGGACCAAGGCGCGCGCGUGGACCAAGGCGCGCGCGUGGCCCAAGGCGCGCGCGUGGACCAGGGCGCGCGCGUGGACCAAGGCGCGCGCGUAGACCAAGGCGCGCGCGUGGACCAGGUCGCGCGCGUGGACCAAGGCGCGCGCGUGGACCAAGGCGCGCGCGUGGACCAAGUCGCGCGCGUGGACCAAGGCGCGCGCGUGGACCAGGUCGCGCGCGUGGACCACGGCGCGCGCGUGGACCAGGUCGCGCGCGUGGACCAGGGCGCGCGCGCGGACCAAGGCGCGCGCGCGGACCAAGGCGCGCGCGCGGACCAAGGCGCGCGCGCGGACCAAGGCGCGCGCGCGGACCAAGGCGCGCGCGCGGACCAAGGCGCGCGCGCGGACCAAGGCGCGCGCGCGGACCAAGGCGCGCGCGCGGACCAAGGCGCGCGCGCGGACCAAGGCGCGCGCGCGGACCAAGGCGCGCGCGUGGACCAAGGCGCGCGCGUGGACCAGGUCGCGCGCGUGGACCAAGGCGCGCGCGUGGACCAAGGCGCGCGCGUGGACCAAGGCGCGCGCGUGGACCAAGGCGCGCGCGUGGACCAAGGCGCGCGCGUGGACCAAGGCGCGCGCGUGGACCAAGGCGCGCGCGUGGACCAAGGCGCGCCCGUGGACCAAGGCGCGCGCGUGGACCAAGGCGCGCGCGUGGACCAGGGCGCGCGUGUUGACCAGGUCGCGCGCGUUGACCAAGUCGCGCGCGUGGACCAAGUCGCGCGCGUGGACCAAGGUCGCGCGCGUGGACCAAGGUCGCGCGCGUGGACCAAGACGCGCGCGUGGACCAAGACGCGCGCGUGGACCAAGGCGUGCGCGUGGACCAAGGCGCGCGCGUGGACCAAGGCGCGCGCGUGGACCAAGGCGCGCGCGUGGACCAGGUCGCGCGCGCGCGCGUGGACCAAGGCGCGCGGGUGGACGAAGGCGCGCGCCUGGACCAAGGCGCGCGCGUGGACCAAGGCGCGCGCGUGGACCAAGGCGCGCGCGUGGACCAAGGCGCGCGCGUGGACCAAGGCGCGCGCGUGGACCAAGGCGCGCGCGUGGACCAAGGCGCGCGCGUGGACCAAGGCGCGCGCGUGGAUCAAGGCACGGGCGUGGACCAAGGCGCGCGCGUGGACCAAGGCAGGCGCGCGCGUGGACCAAGGCGCGCGCGUGGACCAGGUCGCGCGCGUGGACCAAGGCGCGCGCGUGGACCAGGGUGCGCGCGUGGACCAGGUCCAAGGCGCGCGCGUGGACCAAGGCGCGCGCGUGGACCAAGGCGCGCGCGUGGACCAAGGCGCGCGCGUGGACCAAGGCGCGCGCGUGGACCAAGGCGCGCGCGUGGACCAAGGCGCGCGCGUGGACCAAGGCGCGCGCGUGGACCAAGGCGCGCGCGUGGACCAAGGCGCGCGCGUGGACCAAGGCGCGCGCGUGGACCAGGUCGCGCGCGUGGACCAAGGCGCGCGCGUGGACCAGGUCGCGCGCGUGGACAACGUCACAUGCGUGGACCAAGGCGCGCGCGUGGACCAAGGCGCGCGCGUGGACCAAGGCGCGCGCGUGGACCAAGGCGCGCGCGUGGACCAAGGCGCGCGCGUGGACCAAGGCGCGCGCGUGGACCAAGGCGCGCGCGUGGACCAAGGCGCGCGCGUGGACCAAGGCGCGCGCGUGGACCAGGGCGCGCGCGUUGACCAGGCGCGCGCGUGGACCAGGUCGCGCACGUGGACCAAGUCGCGCGCGUGGACCAAGGCGCGUGCGUGGACCAAGGCGCGCGCGUGGACCAAGGCGCGCGCGUGGACCAAGGCGCGCGCGUGGACCAAGGCGCGCGCGUGGACCAGGUCGCGCGCGUGGACCAAGGCGCGCGCGUGGACCAGGUCGCGCGCGCGCGCGUGGACCAGGGCGCGCGCGUGGACCAAGGCGCGCGCGUGGACCAAGGCGCGCGCGUAUACCAAGGCGCGCCCGUGGACCAAGGCGCGCGCGUGGACCAAGGCGCGCGCGUGGACCAAGGCGCGCGCGUGGACCAAGGCGCGCGCGUGGACCAAGGCGCGCGCGUGGACCAAGGCGCGCGCGUGGACCAAGGCGCGCGCGUCGCGCGCGUGGACCAAGGCGCGCGCGUGGACCAAGGCGCGCGCGUGGACGAAGGCGCGCACGUGGACGAAUGCGCGCGCGUGGACCAAGGCGCGCGCGUGGACCAAGGCGCGCGCGUGGACCAAGGCGCGCGCGUGGACCAAGGCGCGCGCGUGGACCAAGGCGCGCGCGUGGACCAAGGCGCGCGCGUGGACCAAGGCGCGCGCGUGGACCAAGGCGCGCGCGUGGACCAGGUCGCGCGCGUGGACCAAGGCGCGCGCGUGGACCAAGGCGCGCGCGUGGACCAAGGCGCGCGCGUGGACCAAGGCGCGCGCGUGGACCAAGGCGCGCGCGUGGACCAAGGCGCGCGCGUGGACCAAGGCGCGCGCGUGGACCAAGGCGCGCGCGUGGACCAAGGCGCGCGCGUGGACCAAGGCGCGCGCGUGGACCAAGGCGCGCCCGUGGACCAAGGCGCGCGCGUGGACCAGGGCGCGCGUGUUGACCAGGUCGCGCGCGUUGACCAAGUCGCGCGCGUGGACCAAGUCGCGCGCGUGGACCAAGGUCGCGCGCGUGGACCAAGGUCGCGCGCGUGGACCAAGACGCGCGCGUGGACCAAGACGCGCGCGUGGACCAAGGCGUGCGCGUGGACCAAGGCGCGCGCGUGGACCAAGGCGCGCGCGUGGACCAAGGCGCGCGCGUGGACCAGGUCGCGCGCGCGCGCGCGUGGACCAAGGCGCGCGGGUGGACGAAGGCGCGCGCCUGGACCAAGGCGCGCGCGUGGACCAAGGCGCGCGCGUGGACCAAGGCGCGCGCGUGGACCAAGGCGCGCGCGUGGACCAAGGCGCGCGCGUGGACCAAGGCGCGCGCGUGGACCAAGGCGCGCGCGUGGACCAAGGCGCGCGCGUGGAUCAAGGCACGGGCGUGGACCAAGGCGCGCGCGUGGACCAAGGCGCGCGCGUGGACCAGGUCGCGCGCGUGGACCAAGGCGCGCGCGUGGACCAGGGUGCGCGCGUGGACCAGGUCGCGCGGACGCGCGCGUGGACCAAGGCGCGCGCGUGGACCAAGGCGCGCGCGUGGACCAAGGCGCGCGCGUGGACCAAGGCGCGCGCGUGGACCAAGGCGCGCGCGUGGACCAAGGCGCGCGCGUGGACCAAGGCGCGCGCGUGGACCAAGGCGCGCGCGUGGACCAAGGCGCGCGCAUGGACCAAGGCGCGCGCGUGGACCAGGUCGCGCGCGUGGACCAAGGCGCGCGCGUGGACCAGGUCGCGCGCGUGGACAACGUCACAUGCGUGGACCAAGGCGCGCGCGUGGACCAAGGCGCGCGCGUGGACCAAGGCGCGCGCGUGGACCAAGGCGCGCGCGUGGACCAAGGCGCGCGCGUGGACCAAGGCGCGCGCAUGGACCAAGGCGCGCGCGUGGACCAAGGCGCGCGCGUGGACCAAGGCGCGCGCGUGGACCAGGGCGCGCGCGUUGACCAGGCGCGCGCGUGGACCAGGUCGCGCACGUGGACCAAGUCGCGCGCGUGGACCAAGGCGCGUGCGUGGACCAAGGCGCGCGCGUGGACCAAGGCGCGCGCGUGGACCAAGGCGCGCGCGUGGACCAAGGCGCGCGCGUGGACCAGGUCGCGCGCGUGGACCAAGGCGCGCGCGUGGACCAGGUCGCGCGCGCGCGCGCGUGGACCAGGGCGCGCGCGUGGACCAAGGCGCGCGCGUGGACCAAGGCGCGCGCGUAUACCAAGGCGCGCCCGUGGACCAAGGCGCGCGCGUGGACCAAGGCGCGCGCGUGGACCAAGGCGCGCGCGUGGACCAAGGCGCGCGCGUGGACCAAGGCGCGCGCGUGGACCAAGGCGCGCGCGUGGACCAAGGCGCGCGCGUGAACCAAGGCGCGCGCGUGGACCAAGGCGCGCGCGUGGACCAAGGCGCGCGCGUGGACCAAGGCGCGCGCGUGGACCAAGGCGCGCGCGUGGACCAAGGCGCGCGCGUGGACCAGGUCGCGCGCGUGAACCAGGUCGCGCGCGUGGACCAAGGCGCGCGCGUGGACCAAGGCGCGCGCGUGGACGAAGGCGCGCACGUGGACGAAUGCGCGCGCGUGGACCAAGGCGCGCGCGUGGACCAAGGCGCGCGCGUGGACCAAGGCGCGCGCGUGGACCAAGGCGCGCGCGUAGACCAAGGCGCGCGCGUGGACCAAGGCGCGCGCGUGGACCAAGGCGCGCGCGUGGACCAAGGCGCGCGCGUGGACCAAGGCGCGCGCGUGGACCAAGGCGCGCGCGUGGACCAGGUCGCGCGCGUGGACCAAGGCGCGCGCGUGGACCAAGGCGCGCGCGUGGACCAAGGCGCGCGCGUGGACCAAGGCGCGCGCGUGGACCAAGGCGCGCGCGUGGACCAAGGCGCACGCGUGGACCAAGGCGCGCGCGUGGACCAAGGCGCGCGCGUGGACCAAGGCGCGCGCGUGGACCAAGGCGCGCGCGUGGACCAAGGCGCGCGCGUGGACCAAGGCGCGCGCGUGGACCAAGGUGCGCGCGUGGAACUUGGACCAUGUCGCGCGUUUGGAACCAACCCACCUCUUGAAUCGAUGCGUCUGUGA